AUGGUGGCCCAGAAGAGCCGUCUCCUGGCCAGAGCCUUUCCAUAUCUCGACAUCUUUUCCGUGUUUGCUCUCACACCACCGCCCCAAAGUUUUGGCCACACUCCACAUAGACGUCUUAGAUGGUACUUGAUGACUGGCUAUGUGUUCUAUGCCACCGCGAUCCUUGCGACGGUCUUCAUUGUGUCCUACUUUAACAUUAUAGCCAUUGACGAAGAGGUCUUGGAGUACAAUGUGUCUGAUUUUACCAGAGUGAUGGGUAAUAUUCAAAAGAGCCUGUAUUCGAUUAUGGCCAUCGCCAACCAUCUCAAUAUGCUCAUCAAUUAUCGCCGGCUUGGCGGAAUCUACAAGGACAUUGCCGAUUUGGAGAUGGACAUGGACGAGGCAUCGCAGUGCUUUGGUGGCCAAAGACAACGCUUUAGUUUCCGCUUUCGCAUGGCCCUCUGUGUGGGCGUGUGGAUGAUUCUGAUGGUGGGUUCAAUGCCCCGAUUAACCAUGACGGCCAUGGGUCCUUUUGUCAGCACGCUAUUGAAGAUCUUAACCGAGUUCGUCAUGAUAAUGCAGCAGCUGAAGAGUCUGGAGUAUUGCGUCUUUGUACUCAUCAUUUAUGAGUUGGUCCUGCGGUUGCGCCGCACACUUAGUCAGCUGCAGGAGGAGUUCCAGGACUGCGAGCAGCAGGACAUGCUUCAAGCUCUAUGUGUGGCUCUGAAACGCAAUCAAUUGCUAUUGGGACGGAUUUGGAGGCUGGAGGGCGAUGUGGGCAGCUACUUCACCCCGACAAUGUUGCUGCUGUUCCUCUACAAUGGUCUGACCAUCCUUCACAUGGUCAACUGGGCGUACAUCAACAAGUUCCUCUACGAUUCGUGUUGUCAGUAUGAACGGUUCUUAGUUUGCUCCACGCUGCUUGUAAACCUUCUAUUGCCUUGCCUUCUAAGUCAGCGUUGCAUAAAUGCGUACAACUGCUUUCCACGAAUCCUGCAUAAGAUUCGCUGCACAUCCGCGGAUCCCAAUUUUGCCAUGUUGACCAGAGGAUUGCGGGAGUACUCCCUGCAAAUGGAACACCUGAAGUUGCGUUUCACAUGCGGCGGGUUAUUUGACAUCAAUUUGAAAUACUUUGGCGGGUUGCUUGUCACCAUUUUUGGAUAUAUCAUAAUCCUCAUACAAUUCAAAGUGCAGGCGAUUGCUGCGAAUAGAUACAAAAAAGUGGUUAAUUAA